GCUAAUGUACGAUGGCAAAUAGGGAAACCGGUGAACUUUCAGUGGCAUAUAAGAAUUUUUCUCAAAAAGGAUAUGCUAGAUCAAACCAUGAGCAGGUACAGGUUCUUCAAAUGGACAUGGUGAGGACAAUUCAAGCUUGAAGCUUCCCAUCUCUUCGUUUUUCUUCUUUCAUCCCUCACCCCAACCAACGCACUAAUAUGCGCUCGAAAGAUCACACAACCAAAAACCAAAAACAGCGGAUCUAUAGAGAGGAAUGAAGGCACUCAGCGUGCCCGAGAUAUCGUCGUCAAAAAAAUUGAGCGAUGAAGUCACUCAAUCUUCUGAAGCCAGAGAGGAAGAGAGCGACGAGGACAUGAAAGAGCCAAUUACAAGAUUGUUCGUGCAUGGUUUCCUGUCGCUAGUGAUAUCAGCGGUCGGCAACUAUAUAAUUCCUCUUCUAACAAGUCACAGCGAGCCCGAGCAAACGGCUAAACGGUCCGCGAUGCCAAUAGCUGUUUUCUGUCUCGGCAUGAUCACUCCUGUGAUUGGAAAUGGCAUGCGUUUCCGGAUACUUCAACCCAAACAGCAAUAUGGCUCCGGGGUUGCGUUGCACAUCACCACUGCCCGCAUAGUGCUGAUUUCUUACGUGUUCCUGCUCCUGAUUAACACAAGGUAUAUCAGCCUCGCCGUGUUCCCAGCUAUCAUGAUUGUGUUCAUCGGCGCUCUGUGCCGCAAGUUCUGGGUAGAAGAAACCUGCAGGAGGCAACUUCGACAUGAUUCCCCCGGUGCUUCCAAAGCUAGCAGCGUCUUGCGUAAAUCUGAAGAGCAGCUGACGCUGAUCGUAGCGGUGCUACCGUUUUGGCUGCAGCUACCCGGCGUGAUGCUUGCCCGAGGAACCUGGCAGCAAGAUCGUGUUUUGGUCUCUCAUUUCCUGGUGUUCAUCAGCUCCGCUAUGGUUGCUCUGGCGACACUAAUCGCCCGCACGGUGCCAGCCGGGAUCUAUCCUGGCGUAUCACGCGUGUUGCCAGUGAUGCACAGGACAUGCAUCGCCCUCAUUCUAGUGUCGGUGCACACCAUGGCCGGAGAAUGGUUUGGGACGAAGAGCAUGGCGCUAGCCUGCACGCCGGAGCUUGUCGCCCUGCUCAUAUGGUUCUCCGUUCACCUCAACCAUGCCCACGAUGCCCGUGCGUGCAAAAUCAUUUGCCUCUUCGCGGUUUCCUUGCUGUGGGCAUGGGCGGCUACAUAUGAUGAGAUGACGAUCCUGCAGGGUUAUUGGAGAAGUAGUUUUUGGGGCAUCUCAGGCUUGUCAGGGGGACUGUGCUACUUCAGCUCGUGGAUCUUGAAGCAAUGGCCAAAAGAUAGCUUCAGGCCUACCACUGAUCACCAUGCAUCGCUUCUGCUGCAGCUGCUCCGAAUUUCUGCAGAAAUUUCCUUAUUCACAUCAGUUCCAAGUAUUGCCUUGCAACUUCCUCGUUGGGUGAGCCGAAUUUCUGCGCAAAUUCGCUUAUUCGCAUCAGUUCUCACUACUGCCUUGCAACUUGGUCUUUUGGUUCCCAUCAUAUACGUGUUGUUGAAGAGUGUCGCGGUGAUAAUGUUCUAUGUACUGAUAUAUUGCGUGUGUUUCCUUCCACUGAUCGGCGUCGAGUACCGUCCAGGCAUGAGUGUCAACAGACGCAAGGCCUCCAUAUCCAUACAACUGCGACCGAUUAUGCUGUUAGUACUGCUGAGCAUACUGAUAUCUCACUUCACGGGCAGAUGAAACUCUAAGAAAAAAUGGUUCAAGAGCAAGUGCCAGAUGACAAAUAGUAAGCGUGCACAAUAUUGUCACCUGUUACAGCUUAAAGGUUGGCACGCUUACCGCCGAAUUAACUGACUUUGUAAAUUUUGUUUUUUCGAUGGUUUAAUUUGUACUGGUAGCAAGUAUUAUAUUCCUGGUUAAAAUGAUAUGAGAGGCAUUAUAGUCUCGGCUAAUUGUACUUGAUUUGGAGACCAUUCGCCAGAAUUACCAAAUAUUCUUGGCACAGGGUAAUUUUAUUGAGAAGACACCGGGGUGUAUCACAUUUUCUAAUGUAAAACUCUUCUAGAUACUACCUUGAAAUACUUUCUUUAAGGAUUGUAAAAUUUCUCCUUAGCAUAUGUGAGCUCUCAUAUAUUCUAUAACAGGAUUGCUAUAUUUCA